UUUACAUGCUUCAUGAUCCUUCCAACCAACUUCUUCAAGAAAAGAAGCUUUUAUUACAAUUACAAAACAGGUCCUGGGGCAGGAGUUGAUCUGACAGACGGGUCUAUUGCUCUGAGAGUAACUGUAGGCCGGCAUACAGAUCUCUGCAUCAUAUAGAAAGUACUGUGUAGUGUCUGGUUGACUCCUGCUCCAGGAACUACUCAAAAAAAAAAAAAAAACAUGAGCUCUUCACCUAAAGACGCUCACGUUAUUCUACCGAGCGCUGAACACAUUUAUUCAAAAAAUUCCAAAGAUCCUCCUGAUUUUCGAAAUUACAAAGUAGUUAUAUUUAAUAGGUCUCUUUCAAGAACUGAAUCGUGUGAGGAGACGGAUGAAGAUUUUAUUCUAAAAAUUACUGAUUCGGGAAUCUUUUAUAAAGACUACUCUAAUAAAAUAAAAUCCUUGAAAUAUUUAAUUGAUAAAACCAAUGAUCCAUACCAAGAUAUUAAUAGUUACAAAUAUAUUAGUCUCAAAAAGGAAAAGAGUGCCAUUUUUAAUCGUUUUUUUAAUGAUCUUGAUGAUGAAACGAAGAAAACGUUGAAAUUGAAAAAGCAGCUUGCUUUUAUAUGUUUUAGAAAAAAAGAUGGAUCGUUUGACAUGAAUAGAUGGAAGGUUUACAAAAAAUCAGAUUUACUAGAAGAAGAGCACACUGAAGAUAAAAUAUUCAAGCUACUGCUAAAAAUUUGUCUUGAAGAUGAGUGUUGUUAUUCAGAAAUAUAUAUAUUUAGUACAAAUAGCCCAUGUUUGGCAAGACCCAACCGUGUGCCCUGCAUGAUCCAGGCUGUUGUUAUAGCAAGGAUGUUAUAUAAAAAGCAUGGCAUAAAAACAACUAUUGCAUAUCUUGAACCUUGGGGUUUCAGUGGUUCGUAUGAAAACCUUUUGCCUAAAUGCUUUAUUAAAGAUUGCAUUUAUAAUUUUGAGUCCCAAAUGCUGGGAAGCAAAGAUAUGAUUAGUAACUCACUCCAACUCACUCCAACUAAUACAAUAGAAAUUGACAUGGAAUUAAUAAGCUCGAUUUACAAACCAUUUAUUACAGAAUUAGAAAAUCAAACAUUUUCAAUGAAAGAUACUAAACAAACUGAGACCGAAAUACCACGACCAAAACUUCAUCUUGCACAAUUUUGUUCAAAAAUAUCCGAACCUGAAAUCAAAGAAAAUUUCAUUAAAGGUAUAAAUAAAAUAAAAUCGGAUUUAUUUAAAAAAGAAUAUUUAGUCAAAACUUUUGGUGAUUUCAAAAAACAUGGUUUGGAAAUGUUUGCGAAAUGCAUGAAUAAGAUAUACGAUCUUUUAAUCGAAAUUAACUACGCAAAUAUUUACGAAGAAAUCCACGAAUAUCUGAAAACCGUUUUCUAUCCUUGGUGGGCUAGAAAAAUGGAAGAUGCAUUCAACAAGUUCGUGGUGAUGCUGCUGCUCAGGAUCCUCUCAGUAGUCCCUAUUGAGAGGAUCCCUUGUUGUGAGGAUGGGUGGUGUGAGUUGGGCUUUCCUCAGGUUUCUCAGGCUUUCCAAGCUUUCUUGGUAAUGGAGCUGGUGUUGAGGGACCAG